CGGGGCGGGGUGGAGCCGCAGAUUCUGGGUCCGCGCCGGCGGCCUCCUCACCACUCGCUCCUCGUCCGCGCCGCGAGCCAUGGCCAAGCUGCUGCUGCUCACCCUCGUGGGGCUGGCGCUGGCGCUCCUCAGGGACCACCGCGCCUCCUACCAGAAACGAAUGAAUGCUUUUCGUGAAGUAACACCCAUGGAUCUUCCUAACUGUCAUUUCAUUAAGGGAAUAAACUCAGGCGCUGAAGACCUGGAGAUACUGCCAAAUGGACUGGUUUUCAUUAGUGCUGGAUUAAAAUAUCCUGGAAUACAUAGUUUUGAACCUGAUAAGCCAGGAAAAAUACUCCUGAUGGACCUGAAUGAAGAUGAUCUUGCAGUGUUAGAGCUGAACAUCACAGGAUAUAAUUUCAAUUUAUCCUCCUUUAACCCUCAUGGGAUCAGCACUUUCACAGAUAAAGAUAAUGCUGUCUACCUGCUGGUGGUAAACCAUCCAGAUAUCAUGGUUACAGUGGAGUUGUUUAAGUUUCAAGAAAGAGAAAAAUCGCUUUUGCACCUGAAAACCAUUAGACACAAACUUCUGAGUAGUGCUAAUGAUAUUGUUGCUGUAGCACCAGAGCACUUUUAUGCCACAAAUGAUCACUAUUUUGCUGACACACAGUUACAAUCCUGGGAGGUCUACUCGGGUGUAGCAUGGUCAUAUGCUACUUACUACAGUCCAGAGAAUGUUCGAGUGGUGGCGAAAGGAUUUGAUUUUGCAAAUGGAAUCAACAUCUCACCUGAUGGCAAGUAUGUCUAUAUAGCUGAGUUGCUGGCUCAUAAGAUCCAUGUGUAUGAAAAGCAGGCUAAUUGGACUUUAACUCCAGUGAAGUCGCUCGACUUAGACACGCUUGUGGAUAACAUAUCUGUGGAUCCUGUGACAGGGGACCUUUGGGUUGGUUGCCAUCCCAAUGGCAUGAAGAUCUUCUCCUAUGACCCAGACAAUCCUCCUGCUUCAGAGGUUAUUCGAAUCCAGAAUAUUUUAACAGAAGAGCCCACCGUAACAGUGGUUUAUGCAGACAAUGGAACCAUGCUGCAAGGCAGCACGGUUGCCUCCGUGUACAAAGGGAAACUGCUUGUGGGCACGGUGUUCCAAAAGGCUCUUUACUGUGAGCUCGAACAGCCCAGCGCACAGCCACAUUAGCAGUGGAAGCCCGUGUUAGCCACUGGCCCGAGUUGCCACAGAGAUCCCAACAGAGUAACAAUGGUGACACUAAAUGCAGAUGUCAUGAGGCACGGAAAUGCUAUUUAAUCAGGAGCCGAUAGGGAGAGCCAGGCAUUUUGAGAGUGCAUUAUCAAAUUAGUCUGAUUGGCCAAUAAAGGAUCCUUUUCAUUAAA